AAUUUAUGAUGAUAUACAUACCUACUUGAUAGUGCUUCGAAAAGAAAGCAAAAGAAGCCUCUCUCUCUCUCUCUCUCUCUCUCAACCUCCUACUCUCGUUUCACUGUCACACCAUUAUCUCUUCCACUGUUACUUCUCUCUCUCUCUCUUCUUCUUCUGCAUCUCGAAAUCAUCUUUCUCCAUGGCAGAUGCUUAUGAGCCUUACCAUGUCCUCCAACAAAGCCGACGUGAUAAACUUCGGAUUCCUUCUCUCGAUUCCCACUUCCACUUUCACCAUCCUCAUCCUCCUUCCUCUUCCGGUGGCGGCGCCGGCGUAUAUCCUCUCGGAGACUCCGACUAUCUCGCCGCCGGUGGAUUUCACUCCAAUAACAAUAGCCACAUAUCCAACCCUAGCUACAGUAAUUUCAUGGGAUUUCUUGGUGGUCCUUCUUCCUCUUCAUCCAACGCUGUUGCCGUCGCCGGAGAUCAUUCCUUUCACGACGGACUCUCCUCCGGAGACGUUCUUGUCUUCAAACCCGAGCCCUUAUCUCUGUCCUUGUCAUCUCACCCCAGACUAACGUACGAUCUAGUCGUUCCCGGCGUUGUUAACUCCGGAUUCGGUAGAUCCGCCGCUGAAGCAGCCGCUGCCACCGUUACCGUCGCCUCGAGAAGCUCUGGCCCUCUCGGACCGUUCACUGGUUACGCAUCGAUUCUGAAAGGAUCGAGGUUCUUGAAACCAGCACAGAUACUUCUUGAUGAGUUCUGUAAUGUGGGUCAUGGUAUUUACACCGACAAAAACAUCGACGAAGACGAUUCUUCUUUGCUCUUUGAUCCGACGGUUGAGAGUCUCUGCGGCACUUCCGACUCCGGUGGAGGAGAAUAUAUGAAGAACAAAUCAAAGCUCAUCUCCAUGCUGGACGAGGUUUACAAGAGGUAUAAGCAAUACUAUGAGCAGCUUCAAGCUGUGAUGGGUUCAUUCGAAUGCGUAGCAGGUCUCGGGCAUGCAGCUCCUUACGCGAGUUUAACCUUAAAGGCAUUGUCUAGGCAUUUCAAGUGUUUGAAGAAUGCUAUAACGGAGCAACUACAGCUUAGCACAAAUAACAAGAUACAACAACAACAAUCUGGUCAUCUGAUGAUAUCUGAGAAUAGAACUGAGUCUAUGCGAUUUGGAGGAAGUGAUAGUAGUAGAGGCUUGUGUUCUGCUGGUCAAAGACAUGGGUUUCCUGACAACCAUGCUCCUGUUUGGAGACCGCACCGGGGCUUACCCGAACGCGCAGUCACCGUUCUAAGGGCUUGGCUCUUCGAUCACUUUUUGCAUCCUUAUCCAACUGAUACAGACAAACUCAUGUUGGCUAAACAGACGGGUCUCUCCAGAAAUCAGGUAUCGAAUUGGUUCAUAAACGCACGAGUUAGGGUAUGGAAGCCGAUGGUGGAAGAGAUUCAUAUGCUAGAGACUCGACAAUCUCAGAGAUCUUCUUCUUGGAGGGACGAGCGUAACACCACCACCGUCUUCCCCGAUAACAACAACCCUUCUUCCUCCACGGCUCAGCAAAGAGCUAACAAUAACUCAUCACCCGCUAGGCGGGUGCAAAAUGACGACGUUCAUGGCACCACCACCAACAAUAAUAGCAACAACUUUAUGAACGCUGGAAACAGUGGUAGCGGCGGCGCGGUUGCCUUCUCCUACGGUAUUGCGUCGUCUAAUGUAGCGGGAAUGAGUAGCAGCACAAAUGGAGGAGUGUCGUUGACGUUAGGGCUUCAUCAUCAGAUUGGGUUGCCGGAGCCUUUUCCGAUGACAACUGCUCAGAGGUUUGGACUUGAAGGUGGCAGUAGUGGUGGAGGAGGUGGGUCUUACGGUGGUGGCGGUGGGUAUGAAGUGCAAAAUCGUCAGUUUGGGAGAGACUUUAUUGGAGGUAGUAAUCCUCAGUUUCUACAUGAUUUUGUAGGAUGAGAUUAUUUGUGUGUUGAUACAAAAUAUGUUUGACGUUUGGCUAUGUAUUAUGGAAAAUUGUAAUGAAAAUGAUGUGUAUAUUUUUAGUGUUUUCAUUUUUUUUGUUA